AUGCAUUUCUCUUCAUAUGCACAUAUAAGAGUGGGAGGAAGGCCGAGUUCAGGUUUGUGUUUCCUGAGAGUUGAAGGAGUUUGUUGCUCUGUGACUCUCAUGAUGGCCACUAUUUCCACGAGGUCCCAACCUUUGCAAAGCCGUUUGUACAUCUACAAAGGCCUACCAUGCAACUCGCUGAUGGCUGAUACGUGUUCAGACAGAACUCCCCUACAUGAGGCGGCCUAUCAAGGCCGACUUCUUCGCCUCAUGACUCUCAUGGCUCAGGGCUUCCAGGUAAACACUCUCACCCUGGAUGGAGUCUCUCCUCUUCAUGGCUACGCCUGUGCCAAAGUCCUCUUAGACAAUGGUGCAAAUGCUGCGGCGCUGUCAGCAGAGGGCGCCACACCUCUCUUUAACUCCUGCAGCAGUGGAAAUGCGGCUUGUGUCAGACUCCUCCUGCGGCGCGGAGCCUCCAUCCACACCGACCAGCGGCUGGCUUCACCCGUCCACCAAGCUGCUAAAAGCGGUCACAGAGAGUGUCUGGAGCUGCUGCUGCUGUCGAGCGGAGCCCAGAUUGAUUGUGAGGCACCGGGCGUGGGGCCGGGCGUGGGGACCCCGCUGUACGCCGCCUGCAGGGCUCCGGCGACGGACUGCGUGGCGCUGCUGCUGCGUUCAGGUGCAGAUGUUGGCUCUGGGUGUGGGCAGAUCAGCCCUUUGCAUGCUGCGGUUUGUGCUGGAGAAGCAGACAUUGUUAAACUUCUCCUGGACUUUGGGGCAGACAGAGCCAGCAGGAACACAGAGGGAAAAACGUCUCUCGAUCUGUCGACACCAAACGGUGCGAUUCGAAUCGCUCUGGAGAGGAGAGCUCCCUGCUCUCUGUCUGAGCUUUGCCGUUUCUGCAUUCGCCGCAGUCUCAGGCGAACUCCCUGCAGCCUCGUCCUUCCUCACAGGAUGCAGAACUUCCUCCUCCACAAAUGACACAUCUGUUUGCUCCAUACACCUCCCGUCAUCGAUUGUCCAUGUAAAAUAGUUACAAAGGAAUAAUAUUCUCAAAACUACAACUGCACACUUGUGUAUUUUAGGAUAAUCUUGCUUUUAAAAUUUGAUAUUUAAGCUCUACUGACAGGUCACAUUUGAAAUGACUCAGACGUUGCAUGUUUGUACUUCAAGUAAAUCUGUCUGUUUAACAUCCAUCUCUUUGCAAAACCUUUAAAAGGUGAACACAACCAGUCGCAUAUCUGGAUGUUCCCUUUUUUUUUCUUUGUUGAACUGUUUUCUGAAACCUUUGUGGCUCCACAGGGAGCUGUCUGAAUGCCAGAUAAAUCACAGUCUGUUGUGGCUGAAGAGAAGAAGAGCGGACAAAAUGAAAGAAACAUUUUGCUGAGUUUUUAAAAAGUGAGGCUUUUAGAGUUAUGUUAUAUCUGCAGUUGACUUCAAUAUAAACUUAUCUCAGCAUACUAGAUGUCUCAGCUGUCUGCUACGGUACAAACAUGCAGUUUUGAAUUUGUACUCAGUACAUCUCAACCAUAAACCAAAUAAAAAUAUUAGACAUAAAGGUCAAAUCAUGACAAAAGUAAUGUACCGUCUCUAGACUCAGCAGAAUACUGUGAAUGUCACGUACUUGGACUAUUUUACUUUUAAGAACAGGAGUGACAUACAAUCAAAGAUGUCUAAUAACUCAUGAUUAGUCUUGAUUUAUCACAAUAUUUGUUUAAUUUUGUCAUGUUUUCAUGCACAUAAAAGUGUGAAAUUGGUAUAGAAGAUACAGCAGAAAGGAAGGACCUUGGGACCCGUACUCCCAAUGACUCCUAAGCCUGAAAGUACUUCCUUACUCGUCAUUCUUAGAGUUUUACUUCAGUCAGCAUCUUAAACCUUAAGAGAGCUCCUAAAGUGAUCAAAUAUUGGAAGUAGUGAGGAUUUUAAGUUGCCUUAAAAGCAGGUGGAAAGAAAGGAGCGGGCACAGCAUGUUGAUGCUGUUUGGCAAUUAAUAAAAGUUUGCAUAGCUUCAUCAUCAUAACUCACUUUUCUUAAUCCAGUUCAGCUUGUCUGAUCGGUUCAUUUCAAUCAACAAAUGUGGAAUGACCUUCAAAAGGACGCUUAUUCUAGAAUCAUUUUUUACACAAUUGUGUAUGUUUGGACUUUUGACCAUCCUUUAUA